AUGGUAGUCUCAGCAUUUGCUCUCUUUUCCUCUAGGAUCUUAUUCUUUCUAAGCAGUAUUUAUCUUGUAAAUGCUGUAGGUGGGAGGAGCUCCAUAUUUUUAAGAGAUAAUAUAGGAGCUAGCCUAAGCCCUAGUUAUAGAUCUAUUACCUACUUUGUCAACUGGGGAAUUUAUGGCCGCAAGCUUACUCAUGUCCUCUAUGCAUUUGUGAAUGUGCAGAAUAAAACCAGAGAGGUGUAUCUUUCUAAUAUCUAUACAGACUUAGAUAAGCAUUACCCCAUGCUUCUAUCCAUUAGGGGAUGGAUAUAUUCUCAAAAUUUUACUUCACCAGCCGCCACAGAUGCAGGGCGGAAAAUAUUUGCUCAGAGCUCUGCCCUUAAUAAUUAUAGCGCGAAGCAUGCUGCUGGGAAAAAGUUCCUUCUUACAGUGGCGUCCCUGGCUGCUUAUGAUUACGCAGGAGGUAUAUUUUUAGGCAGCUCUAACCAGCAGUCAGCGCCAUUCAAUACUGAAGAGGCUGUUAAGAAUUAUCUUAGUCGCGGAGUUAUAGCAAGCAAGAUUAUUCUAGGUAUGCCUCUUUAUAGCCCUAGUAAACCUUUUUCCGGCAUAGGAGCUAAAGAACACAUAAAUAACAGUAUAAUAGUAAGCUAUAGUUAUAACUCAGAGCAGACCUUUAUCAGCUACAAUAGUCCUCAGGUUGCAGAGCUUAAAGGGCUCAGAGGUGGCAUGUGGUGGGAGAGUAGUGUUGUUCAAGCACUUAGGGGCCUAUACUACCCUCUUUCCCAAUAUGACAAUAUAUGGGGUAGGAUGCAAGAAUAG